GCUGUGAAUAUGAUGGACAAGCCAUUGGUCCAAUCUAGUACAUGUAGCUGUAAAUGCAUCCAAUCGUCACUGAGAGAGGGCGGGCCCCGCCUAGGCUGUGCGAGAGGUAGCGGAGGCCGGCUGCUGUUUGUUGUCAUCAAGAUGGAGUUUUUGCUGGGGAACCCGUACAGCACCCCGGUGGGGCAGUGCAUCGAAAAAGCUACGGACGGCUCCUUGCCGAGUGAGGACUGGACACUGAACAUGGAGAUCUGUGACAUCAUCAACGAGACUGAAGAGGGGCCAAAAGAUGCGAUCCGAGCUCUAAAGAAGAGGCUGAAUGGUAACAAGAAUUACAGAGAGGUUAUGCUCGCUCUAACAGUAUUAGAAACGUGUGUGAAAAACUGCGGCCACCGUUUCCACGUGCUUGUGACACACCGCGAUUUCAUAGAUGGGGUUUUGGUGAAAAUAGUCUCCCCGAAGAACAACCCCCCAACCAUCGUCCAGGAUAAAGUACUGGCUCUGAUUCAGGCGUGGGCGGAUGCGUUUCGGAGCAGCCCUGACCUCACCGGAGUCGUGCAUAUUUAUGAAGAGCUGAAGAGGAAGGGAAUUGAGUUUCCUAUGGCAGAUCUUGAUGCCCUGUCUCCAAUACACACACCGCAAAGGAGUGUCCCAGAGGUGGAUCCGGCGAUGAACAUGCACACGUCCCAGACCCAACAGCGCACCAACUCGGAUACUCUUUCUGUAUCCUCGCAGAUACCAUAUGUCGCCCCAGCAGGACCACCCCCCAGUGUGGGCGGACCAAUCACCGCCAACUCUGAGCAAAUUGGCCGCCUGAGAAGCGAGCUCGAUAUCGUCCGUGGCAACACGAAAGUCAUGUCCGAGAUGCUGACGGAGAUGACUCCUGGCCAGGAAGAUGCCUCUGAUCUAGAGCUCCUACAGGACCUGAACAGGACGUGCAGAGCGAUGCAGCAGAGGAUCGUGGAGCUCCUCUCCCGUGUGUCCAAUGAGGAGGUGACUGAGGAACUGCUUCAUGUUAAUGAUGACUUGAAUAACGUCUUCCUCCGUUAUGAAAGAUUUGAACGCUACAGGACUGGCCGCACUGCUCAGAACACUAACGGGGUGCUGAGUGAGGUCACCGAGGAUAACCUGAUAGACCUGGGGCCUGGAUCACCAGCAGUCGUCAGCCCUAUGGUGGGAAACACCGUCCCAGCAUCACUAACCUCCCAGCUUGGGGGACUUGAUGUGGGUGUUAAUAGUGUGAGCUCUACACUGAAUUCACUCCCAGCCUCCAACCCGAGAGAUGACUUUGACAUGUUUGCACAGACCAGGAGCAGUUCUCUGGCUGAUCAGCGUAAAACUCUAACCUAUGAAGACCCGCAGGCUCUAGGGGGGUUGGCAUCGGCGUUGGAUGUUCGGCAGCAGAACACAGGAGGGAUCCCCGUGGCACAGGCCUCGGACAUGGAUGACCUAGAGGAGUGGCUCGGCACCGAUGUGAAGGGGGAUGAGCCAGAGGAAGGUGUCACUAGUGAAGAAUUUGACAAGUUCCUGGAAGAACGAGCCAAAUCAGCAGAAAGGAUCCCAGACCUCCCGUCUCCUCCCACUACAGAGCCCACCCUGACCGUGAACCCCACAAGCCGGAAGAAGCAGGAGCGGGCUGACGACGCGUUGUUUGCAUUGUAGAUAUUCACUCUCCUCUGUAUAGCUCGCAUCACGCUCCCCACCUGCUGCAUUCAGGACCAUCACUAUCCGCCCUCCAGUCCUUUAUCCAUGCACCCAGUGAAUUGAUUGGCUGUUAUUCCAGCUGCUCUCCCUGAUUUGGUAGAGAGGCUUGUCCAAUCAGUAACCGCAGGCCUUGGUCUGUAUUGUAAAUUUGCAGCCUCUAAUGUGUGGUGACCCUUUCACUGCGCAUUGUGCUUGGGGGGAAAAAUAUAAAGGGGAGUUGCCAGGUCUGCAUCAUAAUGCCAGGUAACGGGUCACCCGGUGCAAUGUCUCUUCCCAGACCUACAAGGUGCAUACCAUGCAUUUGUAUGUGACCUGCUGCCCUGUCUGAGUGCCCAUUCACUUUCACUGCUACUCUGUCCUUCUCCACAAGCUUGCAAAGACUUUACUGCUGGCGAUAUGCCGACAGUAAACAGAGAAGUCAUAGGACAACCCAUCACCUGUCUACCUGUGUCCGUCCUUAUUUUCUCCAUCAUGAUAUUGAUGUUCUGUCAGUCUGCAAUGUUCACACUCCUUUGUGAUGGAUGACCUGGGCUUGCAUGCUUAGAGGACUGGAGGGCAUUAGGCGCAAGGCCUGCUACAUAGUAUUCUGCUGUAGUGUCCCACUAGGUGGCGCUCUGCACAUAGUAUUUUACGGUAGUGUCCCUCUAGGUGGCGCUCUGCACAUUCCUUCACACUCUUGUAAAUGUUCCCUCUCUGUACCUCCAGAUAACUGCAAUAGCACUGCAUGUCUUAUCUCUCUCUCUAUAUCUCUGUAUCUAUAUCUAGUAGAAAAUAAUGUAUACCUGAACUGCAAUAUUUGCACAGCUUUCUUACCUCUCAUAUGGAGUGGCGGACACUUGUCCAGCUUAAUUAACUGAUCAUUACUGCAUACUGUACAGUGGGGGGGGGCAUUACUGGAAAGACCUGGCUGUGCUCAGAAUAUUUCCGUAUGCUGCCGAAAACCCGGAAUAGUUGCCAGCUUGCAUGGUUUGCAGGUGGGCGUUGCUACACAUACAGAUGUUACAUGGAAGCCACUAGUAACCGGUCGUCUUAAACCCUUGGGUGCCAUAUUUUGUCUCUACUGGUUAAACACACAAGGGGGAGGUGAGCCUGUCCAUGAUCCUGCUGCCCACGGGUUGUAGUAAUGUUCUGACCGAUAGGGUAUCACUGUCUGAAUGUCCGCAGCCUGCUACGGAGCUACUCCUGUUCCCUGAGAGUGCCACCUGCAGCCACUGACCAGUCACCAAGACUCUGGCUGAAUGUGGCACAUGCGCCGACACACUAACCUCAUCCGCUGUGUACAAAUCAAAUGAAUAAGUUGGUGGCGCAUUGACAGGUGUCAAUUAUUGCUGCUCCCGGGAAAACUUGGGCACUUAAUGCGCCUCAUAGAUAGAAACAGCAGCAGUGACACCCACAGGCAUGGGAUGACGGAAUGGAACAAUGCAAGGAAUAAAAAAGUGAUGUUAUAAUAUGAAUCACGUUUCUUUAAAGGGACAAUAUUCCCUUCUGUUUUAAGUAUAGUCUAGUAUACCUCGAUAGGCCGUGUUCUAUUAGAGAUGGGUGUUUCUGUACAUAGAUCAGGUAUCUUAUACAUAUUGUAUAUGUAUUGCAUUUGCUGUGUUUUUAUCUCUGAAAGAAUGGUUGACUGCCAAAAGCAGCCAAAUAGUCACAGGGACCAUAUGAAGCGGAUAUGGCUGCCUGUCGCAGAGAGACUUUCCUGGCCAUUACAUUGUCGGUAAAGUGUGUGUACUUGCACUGUAGACUGUGCGUUGUUGAUUACUUCCAUUUGAGCACUUUUAGUCUUGUGGAUGGUAACGAUUGUGCGCCAUCUUAUAAAAUCUUUUGUCACCACCUUUAUGCCUAGCUCCACCCUUGUCAUGUAAUCUACAGCCUAAGAGAAGGGUGCGAGUCUCUGCGUAUGUUACAGGUCUAAUCCCAGUCACCAAUAUUCUGAGAUGACUGUAACCUUGAAAAUGAUUACCGUCUAUUGGAUGAGCGGUGUGGCAUAGUUCCUAAGGGUCACAUUCCAGCAUCCUAUUGGUCAGGACCCCCCAUUGGCGUUCCUUUUGACAUAGUCACUUAGGCAGUUUUGUCUAUGGUGAAAGUUUCUCCUUUUUGGUAGCUAAAAUAAUGACACACUAACUUUUGGGAUCCCGACUAUGGGUGGUAUCCGGUGUCUAGGUCGACAGUGUCUAGGUCGACAGCGUUUCUAGGUCAACAUGUUCUAGAUUGACAGGUCAAAAGGUCGACAUGAGUUCUUCACUUUUUUUUCUUUUUUUUUAACUUCUUCAUACUUUAUGAUCCAAGUAGACUACGAUUGGGAAUGAUAACCUGCCCGAAGCAUGGCGAGCGAAGCGGUGCACUAAUUGGGGUUCCCGGUAACUGUACGGAGAAAACCACACCAAAAAAAAUUAAAAACCUCAUGUCGACCUUCUGACCUGUCUACCUAGAAUCCCUGUCGACUUAAGUGUGGUCGACCUUCAAUACCACCCAUCAUGGCCAUAUCUGACCCUAUUGGCGUACCUAUUGCGUUCGGCAUAUGUAGGGAAAGUGGACAGGAAGUGAUUGUCUGAUCUAUAUUCAUCUAGCCUUGAAAACAAGUUCAAAAAAGUUGACUGGUUUUAGAUGAGCUUGCAUAUGCUUUCUCUCCACACUACAAUCUGCCACCUGAGGCUGAGGCACUCGAUGCCUCAGGUCAGACUCCACUGGUCCCAUCUGAAAAGGCUGAGCACUGCUGUAUUACAGGAUACCAAUGAAACUGCAAAGACAGGGACUCUCACUGCUCUGAGCAGGCAGAAACAUAUGAUAUCAAGCCAUAAUAUCAAUUUAAAAAAAAAAAAAACUCUUUACUACUGGGAAGUGACCCCUCUGCCCAGUGCACUAAUAUUGCACACAAAAAAAAAAUCAGGGUUCAGUUUGAUAAAUCAUACGGGUUUGGCUAAACUUGAACCCCUAAGAUUUCUGCAUAUGUAGUUCAAGCUCUUAUGUGACUACAGACAAAAUCCAUGUUUGUAAUAACUGGUGUGACAUUCGCCAUCUCCGCAACGCCAGGCUGCGACAUCAGAGCCAUCGUGUCUACCCCCAUAACAUGCUACAACUAACAUGUAUAUUUAAUAUUUUAAAUUAUUUUAUAUUUUAUACAUGCAAACACUAAUUGUAGAUUAAUGUUGGACAUUAUUUAUUUGUUGAACCCUGUUAUUCUUUUCUCGUGUAUCCGGUUUUUAAACCGUGGAAGCGUAUAAAUAUUUUAGCGUUUAUGUCGUCUGUAGGAGUUAUUAAUCCGUCCAGAAUGUUCUCCUUCAAACCCAUAAAUGUCUGUCUUUUAGGAAGUCGUUGGUUUUGCUGAAAUGUACCACUGUAGCGAAAAUCUGUACAAACACAUAAUAAAUCCAUAACAACUAUA